AUGAACACAAUUCGUCAAGUUAGAGUUUUAGCUUAUCAAAUGGCCAAGAGGUAUAGUUUACAAGUACCAAAAUCUUGGGAAAUAACUCAAUCAGAUGGUGAAGACUGGUUUGGAGCAUUUAUUAAAAGAAAUCCAACUAUUUCUUUGAGAACACCAGAGGCUACAAGUAUAGCCAGGGCUACCAAUUUCAAUAUGAAAAUGGUUGAUUUAUUUUUUAAUAAUUAUUUGACUGUCACAAAGGAAAAUAACUUUCUACCAUGUGAUAUAUAUAAUAUGGAUGAAACUGGAUUAACAACAGUUCAACGGCCUAAUAAAGUUAUUGCAAGGAAAGGCGAAAAACAGGUUGGGGCAAUUACUACAUCAGAACGUGGUACACUUAUGACCUUGGCAAUUUCUGUCAAUGCUCUAGGAAAUUCUAUUCCACCUAUGUUUAUAUAUCCCAGGAAAAAAUUUUAUGAUCAUUAUUUAAGAGAUGGCCCUGUAGGAUGCAUUGGCGUGUCCAAUGGUUCUGGAUGGAUGCUGGCUGAAGAUUUUAUAUAUUUUUUAAAUCAUUUUAUAAAAUACACUAAGCCCAGUCAAGAUAAAAAAGUUUUGCUUAUAUUAGAUAAUCAUAAAUCUCACCAAUCUAUUGAAGUCAUUGAGCUGUGCUCUGACAGUGGUAUAGUUCUAUUGACUCUCCCUCCCCAUUGCACUCACAAACUCCAACCAUUGGAUAGAACUGUUUUUGGACCUCUAAAAAAAUAUUACAACAGUGCCUUGGAUGCUUGGAUGAGAAUGCAUCCAGAGAAAAGUUUUACUAUAUAUGAUAUCCCUGGAGUAGUAAAGAAUGUCCUUCCAAAAGUCACCUCAGCUUCAAAUAUCCAAAAGGGUUUUGAAUCCUCAGGUAUAUGGCCCCUAAAUUCUUUAAUUUUUAAUGAAGAAAAUUAUAAUCCUUUAUAUUAUAAUAAUAAUAAUAACGAUCCUAAUGAGAAUUUAAAUUUACCUGAAAUUAUUUCGUAACCAUCUGUCAGUGAUAG